AUGUCGAGCUACGAUAAGUACCAAACCCCCCUCAGCACGAGGUAUGCCUCGCAGGAGAUGAUGACCAUCUUCUCGGCCCGCGAGCGCGCCAGCACCUGGCGGCAGCUCUGGGUCUGGCUUGCCGAGGCCGAGAAGGAACUUGGUCUGCCCAUCCCCGAUGAAGCCCUCGAUCAGAUGCGCGCCCACGUCACUGUGUCCGACCAGGCGUUUUCGGUCGCGAGAGAUUAUGAGGCUAAGUUUCGUCAUGAUGUCAUGGCGCAUGUCCAUGCCUACGGCGAGGAUGCCCCUGCGGCUGCUGGCCACAUCCACCUUGGUGCCACCAGCUGUUACGUGACCGACAACGCCGACCUGAUCUUCCAGCAGCGGGCCCUAGACCUCCUCCUCCCCAAGCUGGCUAAGGUCAUCCGGAACCUUCAGGAGUUUGCUCUGAAGUACAAGGACCUCCCCACGCUCGGCUUCACUCACUACCAGCCGGCUCAACUGAUCACUGUCGGCAAACGUGCCGCCCAGUGGAUCCAGGAGCUUGUCAUGGAUCUGGAGGACAUCGAGACGGUCCGCGAGAGACUCCAAUUCCGUGGCGCCCAGGGCACCACCGGGUCUCAGGCCACUUUCCUUGAGCUGUUCGAGGGUAACCCCGACAAGAUUGUGCAGCUCAAUGAGAUCCUCUGCAAGAAGGCCGGCUUCCCUUCGACCUACGCCAUCUCGACGCAGACGUACACCCGCAAGGUCGACCUCCGGGUGGCUAACGCCGUGUGCGCCCUCGGCGCCACCGCCGAGCGGAUCUGCUCCGACAUCCGACACCUUGCCAACCUGAAGGAGAUGGAGGAGCCUUUUGAGAAGAGCCAGAUUGGGAGCUCUGCUAUGGCUUAUAAGCGUAACCCCAUGAGGUCCGAACGUAUCACUGCCCUCGGCCGGAAGCUCGCCCGUCUGCCUGCCAACUUUACCGCCACGUUCGAGACUCAGUGGUUUGAGAGGACGCUCGAUGACAGUGCCAUUCGCCGGAUGGACAUCCCCGAGAUGUUCCUCCUCGCCGACUCGAUCCUCCUCGCACUCGACAACGUGACUAACGGCCUCGUGAUCUACCCCAACGUCAUCCGGUCCCGCAUCGACCAGGAGCUGCCGUUCAUGGCAACCGAGUCCAUCCUCAUGAAGCUCGCCACUCACGGUGUUUCUCGGCAGGACGCCCACGAGGAGAUCCGCGUUCUGUCCCACCAAGCCAGCGACGUUGUCAAGCAGCAGGGCGGCCGCAACGACCUGCUUGAGCGGGUCAAGAAGGCCGAGUUCUUCAAGCCCGUCUGGGACGAGAUUGACAGCCUGGUCGACCCCAAGCUGUUCAUCGGCAAUUCGCCUAAGAUUGUCGAGGACUACUGCAACGGCGAAGUUGCGCAGAAGCUGGCCCGGUACAAGACCUCGCUCGACAAGGCGUUGACGGCCCAACUUUCUAUCUAG